UUGCCGGUAGCCCACCACCAUGUUAAGAAUGCCCACGCUGGGUGCAACGCUCUUUCGGCUAUUUUACAGCGGGAGUUUUGGAUUUUGGCUGGCCGACGUAUCAUCCGGAGCGUCAUCUUUAAGUGCAUAUCCUGUUAUAAACUGAAGGCCACCAUAUCGCAGCCCGUCAUGGGUGACUUGCCGCCCGACCGCGUCAGGGCCAUGCGACCAUUUGCUGGAGUCGGAACCGACUUUGCUGGCCCCUUCCUCGUCAAGUCCUCUAACCUUCGUAACGCUCGUUCGCAUAAGGCAUAUCUUUGCGUCUUCGUGUGCCUCUCCACUAAAGCCGUUCACUUGGAACUUGUAAGCGCCCUCAGCACGGAAGCCUUCUUGGCCACGCUUGGCCGUUUCGUAUCGCGGCGCGGGUUGCCGGACUUGAUCCGGUCGGAUUGCGGAACGAAUUAUAAGGGCACGAAUAGGUAUCUAAAGGAGGUCGUCGAGUUUCUGUCUAGCCACCGGACUUAUUUAGGCAAUGCUAUGUCAAAAAGGGGCAUCCAGUGGAAAUUCAACCCUCCGGCGUGUCCCCACUGGGGCGGUAUUUUCGAGGCGGUGGUUAAAGUGGCAAAAACGCAUCUCCGUCGCGUUAUUGGUGAAGCUAUUUUGACAUUUGAGGAGCUCGCCACUGUAUUCUGUAAAAUUGAGGCGGUACUCAACUCUCGGCCCCUCUGUCCCCUCUCCUCCGACCCGAAUGAUUUGGAAGUUCUAACCCCGGGACACUUCCUGAUUGGCCAGCCUCUUAACGCUCUGCCCGAGUACCCCUUCAGGGAAACGAGCGCUUCACGGCUUAGCAGGUUUGCCCUGCUGCAACAGAUGACUCAAAGCUUUUGGCACCGAUGGUCUCUGGAGUACCUACAUCUUUUGCAGCAGUGCGUUAAGUGGUCUGACAAGACGGAGCCUCCUCGGGUGGGAGACCUCGUGUUGGUUAAGGAACCAAACGCUCUACCUUUGUAUUGGUGCCGUGGGCGCAUUGUUAAGUUGUCGUAUGGAGCGGAUGGGGUACCUAGAGUGGCCGAGGUUUUGGUCGGAGAUUCGGUCUUGCAACGUGCCGUCGCGACCUUGUCCCGUUUGCCAAUCUACUCGCGGACAUAA